AUGAAAGUUAAAUUCUCUCUUCUUGCUUGGGCCUUGUUGACCCUUGCUUCUUCCGUCCCCGGACACGCUCACGUCGAUUCACCGAGAGGCGUCGAACCUGCCCGUCGAAUAAACUUCGGUCCUGAACUAAAUCAUCGUACUUUUAGUGCUCCUUCGAUAAAAAAGUUUGGUACUUUUACCGCCCCAGAUGAUGCUGAUCCUAAAGAGAUUGCAAUUAAAUUUGUUAAAUCAAAACUACACCCGAAAGCUGACUUUGUGAUUAAAGAUAUUUACAAAUCAGACCAUAAUGGCGUUACUCAUGUAUAUUUUAAACAAGUUGUUAAUGGUUUAUAUGUCACCAAUGGUGACAUUAAUGUUAACAUUGACCAAUUCGGUAGAAUUAUAUCGUAUGGUGAUUCGUUCAUUAAACCUAACGCUAGCGCAAUUCGACCGAUGGGUCCGGUUAAGAUCACUAAAGAUGGA